GAAACGACCGAUGUAAAUGGAAAGACGUUAUCAUGCUAUCCUUGAUCAUUGGACAGCCGCAGAGAUGAUAGCACAGAUGCGGCGACUUGAAACAUGAAGCAGGCACGACAAACGGACGGCGACUAAUGCGAAACGUCGAUAGAACGACACUUUGAUGAAUGCUAUGGCGGCAGUGUGAAGUUUUUCCCAAGCCACCUUUUGCCUGGUGUAACCUGAAGAACUGCCUUUAUCCGUGUAUCAAGGAAAAGGCAAGACCUAUAAAGCACUGUCACGUGAUGCAUAUCCUAUGAUGAAAAGAUUCCGUCACAGUCUUCCAAGAAAAUCUCCAGUUCACGAGGCUUAACCACAGAAAUGCAGCACGGCAGAGUCUCCGUUGCCACCUGACAGAAGCUGAGCUUGCUCAAGUCUUGGGAAACAGCAAGCACCUUGGGUAUAAGCUUGGCCAUGAAUGUUUGAUGCCGUGGUGCCUUGAGGCUUGGUCUAUUUCCGUUGCGAUCUCCUGGCGGAUGAUGGGUGCCAUAAAGUAUGGAUAAACACAUACCAUCUGGAUAUAUCUUGAACCCCUGCUUUCUCCGACUCCUGACUCUCCGUUCGAAGGAGAGCUACUCUUCUCGUGUAGUGACAAAGGCGCCUCUUGACGAUUCGGGGUGCACCGGUGCUGACAGGCGGGUGACCUCCGAGUGUGUCGUAACGCUGGGAGGAGCUAGUGCGAAAUAAUAUCAGAGGAAUCCUUGAUGCGGCGUAACUUGAACGAACCUCCAAUGGACUAGUGGAACCCCGAGAGCCUACCUAUCACAGAUACGUGAACUAAAAUUCAAGACCCUAUUGCAAGCAGAGACAUUAAUGACGAGCCCGCGGACGUGGUGAAUGGAAGUUCAGUGUGAGAGGAACUCAGUAGAUGGAUGUAACUGAAUCAACUAUUUGGAGUGACCGUGACUUCUGCAUUGUAUUCGUGAAAUUCGUGUAUCCUCAGGCCUCAUGUUCUAACGAAAUGCCAAAGAUGUUACGCAAAAUCCAAGUAUCCGUCUACUAGAUCGUCCGGGAAUAAUAAUAGGCUAUUAAGGACGCGAUGUCGGAAUGAAACCUUGUACUUUCAUCAACGUAUGUUUAGGGUUAUAUCCGUCCGUGGUGGUAGCAAUUAUGAUAGGACUCUUGGGACAGCGUCAAAAAAAAUCUACGCACCUUAAUCCUUA